CUAACUGUAUGGCUGCGGCAAGAUCGCGGAUCAGCAAUUCCUGUUGAUGACAUCAAGGCCCUCGGACAGCGUCCUUGUCUUCUUGUCUCUCACGACGAACAUAGGUGGACGGGCAGCGGUGUUUGCCUUCUUUCCUUCAAGAUCUUCCAAAACAGGAUCUCAUCUAUUCACUCUCUUUCUUCUCCGUGACCAGCACACGAGUCAUAAAUACUAAAGCGAGAACCAAGCCACUAGACUGUGUAUAUGAUCACAUACGCCGGAAGAAUCGCCUCUGCCCGCGGAAUGAAGACGGACAAAUCAUCGGGGAUCUGCCAAGCAUGAGUUUCCCCACCAUCCAUCUCGAUCACCGCAAUCGGGGUGAGGACGACGUACCUCCGCAUUCGAAGCCACAGCCGCGUCGCACGCAAUCAUCACUCGAUACGGCGUGCUCGUCGCGGACGUCGAGUGCCCAUCUGCGAGGCUCGGGUUCCGGAACGCAUAUACCCCGUCGCCGAACCUAGUCAUUUCCCGCACGUCAUAUAAAAAUCCGCACGGAAUGGAGGACAGUGCCCGCACCGCCCGCAGUUAGCCUUUUCGCCGAACGCAAACUCGUGGAAGGACGACUUGACGAUGCUGCAGAUGCCGCACGAGCGGAAACUGCAGAGGGCAGGGCCUUUGGUGCCGAGGUCGCAGAUGCAUUGCGAGCUGUGGAAGAGGCGGAUUUCGGUCGUCGGGUGCUGGGUGCGGCUGCGUUUGUGAGAUGUGGGGUCAAAGAAUCAUCGAUUCGGAAGAGGAGUGGGCCACGCUACCGGAACGACUCGUGUCGAGCCUUGAUGUCGCGGGGGACGGAGAUCUGGUAUACCUUCUCCACUUUGGGUUUUGUGCCCGAGGGAUUGUCCCACUCGCUCAGGAAUUGGGCCCGCACUGCUUGCUCUGCUCGUUGCCGAGGGACUGACUUCCCUCAGUCGUGGCCCGGGGUAUUUGCGUUCGCAGGGGAGACACAAGUCGCCGAUCGCACGUGGGCUGACCUGGCACAUAUCGCACGCCUCGGCUUGGCCCAUCUGCACACCCUGUCUAGGUCACACAAACCUUAAAACACGCCGUGGCUUUCAUUCAUUCACCCUCGACUCACUUUCCGUGUUCAUCCGAGCAAAAGUUUGCGAACGCCGACUUCCCGGUGGCACGGCAGCCACGUAAGACACACGCUGUGAGAUACUGGGUGUUGCUGCUCUCGGGCUGCGUCGUCGCCUGGGCUUUCUUCGCACAGCUGCGACUGCAAUAUGGGUGCUGGGCCCCUCCCAGUUCGAGGAAUUUGGGCUUCUGGCCACAUUGCUGGAGUGCCCGGGUGUGAGUGAAUUGGACGGACACCGAUAUAGGAACCCAGCAUGCGGACGUACGUCGCACAAAUCCAUAGCAGGGACCACCGAGAUGGUUUUCUGUUGGCGAGUUCCCCAGUGCAGGAUCGAGGGCAUAGUUUGAUGCAGGGAUGCUGGGCAGUGCUGGGUUUUGUUUCGACUGUCUAGACUGCAUCGGAGCUUGAAGAGUCGAAAAACAUGCUGCAACGGCACGGAAGAUGCGCCCGGACGACACACCCACCCCACGUUGAUGCUGCCCCGCAUCGAUGGGGUUCCUAUUUAUGUCGAUUCCCCGCGUGUUUUUGGACACCACAGGCGCUUCACUCUUCUGCUCUCUCUCGGGAUGACUUCUCACCUUCCGGCGGCGCUCUCUAUUCUCCAAUCGUUCGCGUCCCAGUACCCUGGAGGGAAACAGUUCUGGACGCCGCCGAUCAGCGUCUCAGUGCCUGCGACGACAACAACGAACCCUCCAGGCCAGACUGCUGGACAGAAUGCUGCACCCGGUCCUGCGCCAUCAGCGCCUAUCAGCAUCCCAGCCAAACCAGCGCCCCAGCGCGCCAAUACUACGGGCAGCGCGGCGCUGGCCAGCAUCAGUCCCCCGGCGUCUAACACGCAGUCUGUGAUGUGCGAGAACUGUCAAGUGCGAGCCAAGUACCAUGACGGGACUAGGCUCCACCCCUACUGCUCCAAAAGCUGUGCGAAUCAAGCGAUGCUGCCGACCCAGCAGCCGGGCGUGAGCAGCGCCUCCCAACCGAGGUCGGCCAACUGUGAUUUCUGCAACGUGCGGCCAAAGUAUUUCGAUGGGAAGCGCACCCAUCCGUUCUGCAGCAAGGCCUGCUCGAAGGGCGCCAGCGCGCAGAAUCCGCAGAUCAAGGCAAACGCGAAGGGGAGCUGCCAUGCGCCGGGGUGCCAGAAACCGGUGCACACGAAUGCGAACGGCGGCUCCGGCAGCUACUGUUCACUGGCCCACAAGACAUUGGGCGAAACGAUCUGUUUGAUGUGCAAGCAGGCGGCGAAGCAGGCGCACUCGCAUUUCUGCGGGCCGACGUGCGCCGACGAUGCUGAGAAGAACGGCCCGAUGCUACUCGAAGUCCCGCUGGGCCAUGUCACAUUCAAGAGUGUUGCGGAUCAGUUCAAGACGUCCUGGAGACACUCGAACAAACACGUUCCGCCGGUGAAACGUAUCUACAAAGUCGUGGCACCGCACAGCUCGAUGGCCGCUUACAAAGCGUAUCAAGCCGCAGUCGAGAAGUCCGGGAACUUCGUGGCCACCGGACGGUCCGCUGGGAACGAGAACCGGCGGUGGCACGGGACCCGGCGGGAAUGCACCCUGGGUGACAAAGGCCACUCGCCGCAGUUCUGCAGCUCGACGACGUGCUCGCUGUGCUGCAUCAUCAAGUCGUCAUUCGACAUCAGUCUCUGGGGCACCAAGACGGGCUGGGGCAGAUUCGGGAAAGGGAUCUACACGUCGUCGACCUCGUCCAAAUCGGACGACUAUUCGAAAAACGACUGUAACUCUGCGCUCAAGGCGAUCCUGCUGAAUCGCGUGAUCGUUGGCAAGGGGUGUAAGCUCACGCACGACAACUCCAGCCUGACGUCUGCUCCGGCCGGGUAUGAUUCCGUCCUGGCUGAGAAGGGCGGCAGUCUGAACUACGACGAGCUGGUGGUGUACAACAAUGACGCGAUUCGGCCGUCGUUUCUGGUUAUGUAUGAGCCAUAGGCAAGAAGAGACAGUAAAUUAAUCGCAAUAGUUAAUGUUAUUCAGCAAAUGGGGCAUCCAGGCUCCCAAUGUAUUGAACUCUCUCUUGGGUAUGGAAGGCGGGGCAACCCUCGCAAUGUUCAUGCAGUUGACAAAUAACAUCCUUCAAGCUUUUACUUUCCGAAACAAGUGACAGCCAUAGUGAGAGGUGACGAUGAGCGACUAGUGCAUCCUUGAAUUCUAAUUUUCACUUGGCUCCGUCGCCGAGCGCAGGCCACGGUCCACUCCACCCAGCAUUCAAGCUCGCCCCUGCGGCGGCACCGGAAACCAUCCCCGCCGUCGCCGCACUCUUCCACUUGCCAGCUACCAACGCACACUUGGCAGCC